UGGAGUGUAAAUGCACAGUAGAGGGUGGACAGGGUUGCUUGCAGUGCGGGGAUCGGCCGGUGUGAUGCUGCUCUUAGCUGCUCCUAUGUGAUGUCACAGUACUACUGUGAGCUUCUGGACUCGGCUGAAGAAGAUGGCGGCCUCCUCAGGAGUUAAAGUUCCACGCAAUUUUCGCUUGUUGGAAGAGCUUGAAGAAGGCCAGAAGGGCGAAGGCGAUGGCACAGUCAGCUGGGGCCUCGAGGAUGACGAAGACAUGACUCUCACACGGUGGACAGGCAUGAUCAUUGGACCAGCAAGAACCAAUUACGAGAACAGGAUAUACAGUCUGAAAGUGGAAUGUGGACCUAGAUACCCAGAGACAGCGCCGACUGUUAGAUUUGUAACAAAAAUUAGCAUGAAUGGGAUAAAUAAUUCCAACGGGACGGUGGAUUCACGUAGCAUACCAGUAUUAGCAAAAUGGCAGAAUUCUUAUAGCAUUAAAAUUGUUCUUCAAGAGUUAAGGCGUCUAAUGAUGUCCAAAGAAAAUAUGAAGCUUCCACAACCACCAGAAGGACAAACCUACAGCACUUAAUCGUAAUGGAUUGUUUCGACCCUCUGUCUUAAACCUUACUCUCUUAGAAAUAUUGUGUAAAAUCAUCAAGAGGCUCACUUCGCACAUCAACAAUAUCGUCUGCAAGAGCAAGAUUGGACUCUCUUAUUGCAUAGCUCAUUUGGAAAGAGAAAAAAAAAAUGUCCCUGCAGUUAAGCACUGAGUAGAUAGUUAAGACAACAAGACCACAGUUAUCUGCCUUUAAUAAAAAAAUACUUUGACAAUGACUUUUAUGUUUGACCUGUUCCAGCUUGUAUAGGCUUGAAGAGGGAAGCAUGACGCCACACUGAGGCUUUACCAGAGUCCCAAUACUAUUAUGUUGAAAUGGCUGAUCACUGAAGUAAACAGCAAGAUGGGUGUAUGAGGGCAUGUCCUGUAACUAAUACGUAGUCCAAGAGAAGCCACAAUUUUGAGUUGUUAGUAUAAAUUUAGCCGGUUAAUUGAAAAAAAAAAAUCACACAGAUUGCUGACUAUUGAACUGUGGCCGUAGUUUAAAAGUAGUGUCACAAGGUGAGAAAGAUUUUUUUUUUUAUAUAAAUAUAUAUAUAAAUAUACAGUAUAUCUGUAUUUGACACAAUACCAAUAUGUUUCUGUUCUGCAGCUCUUUGACAUGUAACAGACGUUGAAGCCUGUUCUGUUUUGAAACCCUCGCAUUUAACUUCAAGUGGAAAUGGCAGGUGUAUGAACUUGUGAUUUUCUGAAAUUAAAAUCACUGUCUGAGAAAACAAACCACCA